GAUGAGUGAAGCGGUGAAAUUCUGGAACUAGCUGUACUGUAAUCACUGUGGCGCUACUGAGUUCAUAAAAAGGGAAGUAAACCUGCUUAAAUAUAGACGUUUACAUUACGAUUCAAGACAGUCCUGGAGGGUAAAGAAAAAUAGGAGGAGCAGUGGAGGAAAGUGGAAUGUCUGUGAGUUGUGCAACUCCUCCAAAUUUUGCAGUGUCUAGAAAGAGAAGGAAGUGAGGGGGAGAGAGAGAGAGCAGUGUCCCCCAAGACACUUCUCAGGUUCUCCUUGUUGCCAUGGAAACCAAUCAAACUAUUUGGGCCAUCCAGAACAUACCAUCCUCUUAAGGUGCAUGAGACAGGUGUCAAUCAAGUGCAUUAAUUAACCGUGACCAUACCCCUUGAGUAAAUCUGCAAAGGUGACCUGGGUGAAAAGGAGAUUCUGAGAGACCAAAAAAUGGACAAAGUAUGGGAAAGACCAAGAGACAGAGAAAGAGAAAUUGAGCCAGACUCAUAUGAUAGGACCAGAGAGAGGAAGAGAUUACCUGCAACCAGAGGAGGAAGAGAUGGAGAGAUGAACUCAAGAGAAAGAGAGAGAAAGAGGGAUGGAGAAAGACAUCCAAAUGGAAGGGCAUCAUUCUCAGAGCAGGGCGAACAUGAUGCCAGAGAGAAUGAGAGGAAGAAAGGAGACACUUUUCCCAGGACGACAAGGCCAAGCAAAGAAAGAGAAGGAAGAGUAACACUUCCAGACCAUGACAGGGAGCUGCGAAUGGGAAGACUAAAGGAAGUGCUGUAUGAAAGUGAAAGAGAAAGGGACAGAGAGAGAGAGAGAAGGAGAUACAGAGACAUGGACAUGCAGAAUGAAAGAAAAAUUGCAAAAUACAGGGAAGAGUUAAGAAGAAAUGAAAUGAGAAAGCUUGUGAAGAAGGAACCAAAUAGACAGAGGAACAUACAAAAGGAGUUUGACCUGGGAAUUAAAGAAAGAAGGAGAGAGAGUUACCCAGGAGUCAAUGACCAUUGGUACGUGUGGGAGAGAGAGAGAGACAGACUCAGACAGAAAGAGAGAGAGGGCAGGUCUGAUCCUCGUCUUAUGGACAGACGGACAGAGGGCUUUUCAGACAGGGAAAGGAGGGCUGAGAGACAGAGAGAGGGACAGAGAAAUAGGCAACGAGAUACAAAAAGUGAAGGAUAUAGUGAUGGAGAGAGGGAAAAAGAAAGAAGGAGAGAAGAGGAUUCUAAACUAAGACACAAACAUUACAAGAGUGAAGGAGACAGUGAAACAGAAAGAAAAGACAGAUUUAGAGAGAGAGAAGCAGAGAGACGGCGAGACAUGGUAAUGCCAAGAGAAAGAGAGACAGGUUAUCGAGAUCUGAGAGGGGAACGUUGGGAGCGAUACAGAGACCCAGAAAGGAUGAGAGAUAGAGACAUAGAGAAAAGGACAGAGAGACAUAGGUACAGAAUGAGAAAAGAAGAGAUUACCAUGGAGAAAAGAAAAGAUUACCCAGACAGAGAUGCAUACUUGAAUAUAACUGAGAGAAGAAGGUAUAAAGAGGGAGAGAGAAUGAGAGAGAGGGAUAGGUUUUGGGAAAAAGAGAGGGACAGGCGGAGGAGAGCGAACAGAGAGACAGAGAGAAGUAACAUGGAGAAGAACAGACAAAAUAGUGGAGAGCAGAUUUUAGGAAGUGAUGCAGAGAAUGAACAAAGGAGGGGAAAGAGAGAGAACUUUAAGGACAAAGACAGAGAAAACGCAUCUAAGAUUGAUAAAGAGAAACUGACAAAGGGAGAAGAGGAGGUAAGGACUACCCAGAGGGAAGAAGAAGGGAGGGAAAAAGUGGCGGCUGAGGAAACAGAAAUUGAGAAAUCUAAAAACAAGUUGCGGAAAAUGUGGCUGGAACCAAGAACAGAAAAUGAGAGGAAAAAGUCAUCUUUAGAAGAGGAGUAUGCAGAGAGAGAGAAAGCAAGAGAAAGGUAUAUCCAAAGAUACAAGACAGCUAGAGAUGAAGAAGAGCCAAAGAGAGAGAAAGAAAGAGAGAAAAUGAGUCAGGAGGACUGGUAUAGAGAACCAGAUAAGGCUGGAGAGUUCAUGAGAGUUGUGAAUGCAGAAAGGGAGGAAAGGUUGAGAGGGGACAUGGCUUGUGACAGAGAAGCUCUGGAACCAGAGAGGCAGAUAGAUGGGGGAAAUGUCGCAGAUAACGUAGAGGAGAAUGACAGGGAGGAAGAAGAAAGGAGCAAUAGAUAUGGCUGCUUGAAGAAUGAGGAAGGAAGUGAAGGAGAAUCGGAAGAGGAGAAGAAUAGAAUUAUUCCAGCAGAUGAUGGAUUUGUGACAGUCUCCAGUGGAGGGGAUGAUGCAGAGGAAGAUGAUUUUGAUGACUGUAAAGAAUUUUGGGAUGGUGGAGCAUCCAAUGAUCUCUCUGGACAAUCCAAAAGUAUUGAGGACCUGGAGGUCAGGAGAGAUAAAGAAAACCAAACAGAAAAUGAGAGAGAGGAUCGUAGAGGACAUAAAGAAUCUGUGAAAGUCUUUUGUGUGAUCAGUCAGACCCUUCCUAAGUCACCUGCCAAACGUGAUGCAAAUGCAGACCACAUUCAGCAUUCAGAUCAUGACAUGGACAAUCAAUGUGAAGUAAACACUUCAGAUGGAAAUGAAGCCUCAAAAAAUUAUGGAUCCACUAAACAUAACAUUGAAAGGGUGAUGGACGACCUCACCCUUCAUAAUGAAGACAAAGGCAAUCAUGAUACCACAGUGAAAGGAACAGGAAGUAAUGACCAGGCAAUUAAAGAUGUAUCAUCAUUAGAAGGCAAAAUUACUCCUCCCAAUCAGACAUCAGAAAAAGACAGUGAGCCUUUACCACCAGAGUUGUUAGAAACUACGGAGUCAUGCAAGGACAGUGGGUAUGUGGCUUCACAGAUUGAAAGCCCUUUGCAAGAAACAGAAAAAGAAGCAGAGUAUUUUAGUUUGGAUGACACAUGGAGUGCUUCAGAAGAAAGAAAGCAAUGUUCUACUUUGCCUCACCUCAGAUGGGCCAAGAAAGUUGUGAAAGAGAUCCUGGGUCGGAAGUCAUGGGAAGGGGUAACUGUGGACACAGAAAAUACAAGAGGUAGUGUGCCACACAUAGACGUCAAAAUUAACACACAAACAGAGGGUGAGACAGAAAUGGAUGAACCUAGGGAGGAGAAAGGACUGAUAGAGGAAGGAGAAUGGGGAGGGAUGAAGAGAGAGUCCAAUGAGGAAUCUGAACAUGACUUGCUGGACCCUAGUUCUGUCCAGCAAGUGUUGUCCUCAGAAGGAGAGGCAGAUAGGGAGGAAGAAGUGCAUGUAGAUGAGAAGAAAGAUAGAAAGCCAGAAGCUGUUCUAAGCUCUAGCAGCUUUCAAGAUUUUGGGAAUGAGGCUCGGAUAAGGAGGCGAGAGUUUCAAAAGACAACGGACAAACACAAAGAAGAGAAGGAGGAGGAGGAGGAGGGAGGAGGAGGAGUUGGAAGGGACCGCAGGACAAGAAUUUUCAACAUAUCAGAUGAGGAUGAGGAUGAAUUUUGGUUCUCCUGGGGUGAAGGGGGUUUGAGGAAAAUGACAAGGAAGAACUCUAAAUUCUUUAACUCUCAACUGUAUCAGGAGUACAGUGAGGUUGUCCAAAACAGAGAGAUCCUGCUGUCCCAUUCUGAUUCUAUAGGGUUAAGUGACGAUCAUUCCGCUAUCCGAUCAUCUUCUUCUCCGAAUCAUUCCCCUAAGCUAUCCCACAGGCCUCUCCCAACUCUCCCUCCAGUGCCCCUACACCCCCCACAGUUGUCCCAAAACAACUCCUUUAAAAGUCUUGCUGUGCCACAGCAAGCCGUAAACAGACCUCCCUCCCCUCGCCUGUCCAUCUCUGCCUUCUCACCUACACUGUGGCAGGACCUUCCCGGAGUGAGGACCAGCUCAGAGCUCGAGACAGUCACUAAAGAUGACAGACGUCUGCAGGAGGUGAGGUUUGAGGUAGUGACCUCUGAAGCAUCAUACUGCCGCAGUUUAGACAUCGUAGUGGAGCACUUUGUCAUGUCCAAACAACUCAAUGUCCUCCUGACUUCACAAGACAAAAACUGGCUCUUCUCCAGGCUAAUUGACGUUAGAGCCGUCAGUCACAGUUUUCUGUCUCAUUUGGAAGAAAAAGUGGAGAGUGACAUAAUGCACUUUACCGUCUGUGACAUCAUUAACAAGCACUGCCCACGAUUCCGCAAGGUGUAUGUGCCGUAUCUCACCAACCAAUCAUAUCAGGACAAAACGUAUCAGAGAUUAAUGGAUGGGAGUCAUGAAUUCCGUAGAGUUGUGGAAAAGUUAGAGCUUAACCCCGUUUGUCAACGACUGCCUUUACGUUCCUUCCUCAUCCUGCCGUUCCAAAGAAUCACACGCCUAAAACUGCUAGUGCAGAAUAUUGUAAAGAGAACAGAUUCAAAGACCAAUGAUGAGGCACAGGCCAUUAAAGCAAUGAAACUACUGGAGAAGAUGAUCCAGGACAGUAAUGAGAGUAUCUCUCAAAUGAAGAACAUUGAGUCACUUGUGUCCCUCAAUGCCAAAGUUGACUUUGAGUGUAGGACUCUUCCAUUGAUCAGCCAGUCUCGUAGGCUGGUGCGAGAGGGGCCCGUAACUGAACUGAGAGACUUCUCCCUGAAGGAGACAGAGAGAAGUGUUUAUAUGCACCUUUUCAAUGACUACCUCCUGCUCUCUUUGUGGAAAGAUGGAUGUCGGUUUACAGUUAUAGACCAUGCUCCCAUCUCAGAGCUGCGGGUUGAGAACUGCAGGUUCAAACUACAUUCCUUAAAGAAAAACCUGUUCCGUCUGUACAUGGGUCCCAAAGCCGUGCUGCUGCGGACAGAUACACAAGCUGAUAAACUGCGCUGGAUAUCAGCACUCUCACGCCCUUAUCCUGAGAUUGACUUCAGUGCAGUCGAGGAUUUUGUUCAAAUGCAGUGCAUUAGAGCCUUUGUUGCCCAGCAACCAGAUGAACUCAGUUUGGAGAAAGCUGAUGUAUUAUUAGUUCACAAGCAAAGUACUGAUGGCUGGGUGGAAGCGACACGUCUCUCAGACAGGCAGCGUGGUUGGGCCCCGGAGUCUCACCUGGAGACAAUAGUCAGUGGCAAAGCAAGAAAGCGCAACCUGCUUGACACCAUGAAAAUUGCUACGGCUGCAAUGUGAGGGGGCCUUUAAGAUUCUUAAGUGGAAUUACUCAACAAUUUUAAGCAUUACUUCAGAGCCUUAUCUGAAAAGAGCUGAAAGACCUGUAUGGAUUUAUGCCUCAAUUUCAUGAGAAGUUUCUAUUUAUUUUGUGUGUACACACUGACUGAUUUAGGUGACAUGCCCUUACCCAUGCCAAUGGACUCCACUCCUUGUUAGAGGGGCUUUUAAAAUGCUGAAUUACAUCAGCUGGACUCUUCAGCUAUCCAAUAAUUGUUUGCUGAAGACCAAAUCAGUUUCUAUUUGACUUCCCAACUGUUCAAGUGAAACACAUGGUGAUGGCUGUUUUACAUUUUGGAAGUGGGGAGUCAUGGGAGUUUCUGGACCAAAGUUUCAACAACAGUUAGUUGUCUUCGUUAUGAUAUGUGUGACUCGCUGUAGAACUGUGACAGCUGGAUAUAUGAGAGUAAUGCAGAAUACUGCACAAUAAUUUUUUUUUUUCACUUGUUAUUAACAAAUAUCACAUCCUCUUCAAUGUGGAAUGUAAACCCUGUCAGACUGUGGCCUUACAGGAAAAUGGUAUAUAGAGGAUUUUUUGUUGUGCUCAAGGAAGCACCUUUUAAAAAUAGAUAAAUGUUUAUUUGGGAUUUGUGGAAAAUGUUGGACUUUUCUUUUAGUAUCGUGUUCACUUUUUGUGCGCACUUUUAUUCAGGACACACUUAUGUAUAAUUACAGAUUAUGUAUUUUUAAUGUUUUUUUUUUUAAAGACCAAAAAUAGGGCGCAAUACCAAUGUGUCCACUGUGACUAUGCAAUGUACAUAAAAAUAGGUUUUUAACUUUGAAGCUAAAGGUUUUAUGUUGUCAUGGAAUAGUUCGACACCAUCUCUGCUCUCCAUUCAACCUUUUGCACAUACUGCAACUCCAAUAUGACUUAAAGAUAAAAAUUUAUUUCAUGGUUUUGCAGAUUACAUUUUUAUUUUUAAAACCUAAAUGGGAAUUAAAGUACUGAAUUGUUUAAGGAAUAGUUCACCUAAAAAUGACAAUUCAGCCAUCAUUUACUUACUCUCAUGUUGUUCCAAAUCCGUAUGACUUCUUACACUAUGUGGAACACAAUAGGAGGUAAACAGAAUGAUUGCAUCAGUUACCCUUCACUUUUGCUGUAUGGAAAAAAGAUGCAAUGAAAGUGAAUGGUGACUGGGUCUAACAUUAACCAUCUUUGUGUUCCACCAUAAAAGGAAAGACAUACAGGUUUGGAACAAUACUUUUCUAGUGAUUUCCUUUAAAAAUAUUUUGGAUCAGACAUAAAACUUUGUCUGUUUUACAAAAGAUGCAGAAGGAACAAGUUACUUCAAAAAACAAAAUGAUGGGAAAGUAACAUUAGUAACAUAAGAGUCAAGUGGCACUGUUAAGUAGGAAAUCAAAUGCUUUAGUGUCAUUUACAAGAAGAAUCAUUUGAACAUUUAAUAAAUGUUUCUCUCAGUAUGACAAAAAAAAAGACCAGACUAUGAACAGCUUUGUGGCUACUCUCAACCAAACACAAAUUACAACAUAGAAAUUAAAAAAAAACAUGAAUGGAAAACCGCACAAUGUUCAACUUUCAAAAUUUUAUGAUCAACUGAACUGUAUUUGAAAUAUCCACAAAUGAUUGGUUCCUGAGGCAUAACUGAAAUCUAAGUGUCCUGACCCGUAAUCAAAGGUAGUGGACAGUAAAAUGACAAUGAAAGUGCAAGCUAAAGCAAACAUGUUGUUUUAAUGGGGAAGAUUGUGAUUUAUUACAUUUAUUUUGUGAUGUAAAAAUCUCUGCUCAAAGGAGCCAUGAAUAUUCUAAUCUCAAGCGUGCGGGCACACACACACGCACGUUCACACACACACACAGAGUGAAUUUGGCAAACAUCCACACAUACUCGAAAGUUUGAGCAUUUCGAAUGAACUUCAGCACCAGUUAAAACAUGAACACUUGAGGGCUCACUCAUACUCAUUAGCAUCUGCACUAUGUACUAGACCAGUACUAUAACCAACUGUUUUAUCAUGAACUGCUUUAUCAGAUUUACAUUAUAUAAACAUUUCACAUGCUGAACAGUCAGUGUCAUUUAAUAGGAGACACAUGCACAAAAACUCCACAAAUCCAAUCCAAAUGUGUUCAUGAGAAGGUACAGGUGCUGUUUGGUGAGGAGUCACAUUGUAAAACAGGUGAAGUGCACUGGUUCUCUGAAGGACCUAAAUCAGUCAGGUAAGUGCUUCGAGAUAUGGAGAACCAGGGCACUAAUUUGGCCCACCCUGAAUAGACCUAGUGACCCCAGUUAGAGAACUUCUAAGCAACACACAGCACCAUAGAGCAGGGAUGGGGACCGCCAAGACCAUUUUAGACUGCCCACGGGGCCAUUUGAGAAAUAAUUAGAAAAACAGAAAAAUUGCCUUUAUUCCAUUAACUUUAAAAAAUAAUAAAUACAAUUAAAAUAAUUACUGAAAAUAAGUUAAAAUAAUAACAAUGCAAAAUAUUGCAUAAUAGAAAGACCUUUUAAAAAAAUUGUAAUAAAAUAUUGGUGCGUAAGCAUGUAACGGAAUGAAUAGGUUACUUUCAACCAGCAAUCAGAAACAAGCAAUAGUAUGCAGGCAAAUACUUUUGUAAAUCGUUGAAUGGCCCUUAAUAGGAAAAUGGUUCCCUACCCCUGCUAUAGAGCUACACAUCACAGAGCGCUGAUGUCAUAGCGGCUACAGGUUUUUUUUAUUUAUGUUUGAUUAAAUUGUCAAUUCUGGCCUAGGCCUGUCACGAUAACUACUUUUGGUGAACGAUAUAUUGUCCCAGAAAUAAUUGUGAUAAACGAUAUUAUUGUCAUUUUAAAACCACUUUAUGCCACGGAUAUAAUGAUAAUAUAAUAGCAUAAUAAUGCAAGUAUACCCUUUCAAAGAACAAUUAACUUUUAAUUCUUAAGAACAUUUAGACAUUGGAAUUGGAAUGUCAAAGUACGCCCCUCUCCAUCUCCAAAUACGGUUUUGGUUCCCAGCUCAGAAAAGUGGAUGGGAUGGUUAUGUUUUAGAUGAGCUUUUAGGUUGGUUGUAUUGACACUUUUCAUUACCACUGUUUUUAAACAAAGUCGACAUACCGGCCCGGGCUCGACAUUAAGAAUUGUCAUGUGCUUGAAAAGUAAAUUGAUCAUUUACUUGAUCAGUCAGAGUAAAAAAAAGUUACUUGUCCGGAGACCAAAAAAAAAGGAAGAAAGCCUCCAUCGUCAUCAUUUACACCAAAGAACCAUUAAGAACACAGUGCAGAAAGAUGGUAAAUCAUAACUGAAUUUCUUUCUUCUGAGAAACACAAAAUUAUAUUUUUGGCAGAAUGCUAGUCACAGUCACUAUUCACUGUCACUCCAUCUUUUUCUCUCUCAUAGACUGAAACUAACAUUCUCCCCAACAUCUCCUUUUGAGUUCCACGGAAGAUAGAAAAUCAGACAGGUUUGGAACAACAUAAAGUUGAGUAAUGAUGACAACAUUUUUGGUAACACUUUACAAUAAGGAUCAUUACCAUUACAUAUUGCAUUAGCUAUCAUGAACAAACAAUGAACAAUAUUUUACAGCAUUUAUCAAUCUUAGUUAAUGUUAGUUACUAAAAAAUAUAUAAUUGUUCAUUGUGCAUGAACUAAUGUUAAAAUGCACAACUUUU